CUCCCACCAUUGUGGAUCGGUUCACUGGUCGCAGUAGACCUAUAACUACGGUUCAAACCAGUACACAGUAAACUUGUGGAACGUAGACAUGGCCCUCCCGGAAUACUUUGAGUUGAGCAAUGGUGAUCGCAUGCCGAGGAUCGGCUUUGGAACAUGGCAGGCCUCCGACGAAGUAUUAGAAAAAGCCGUAGAUGCAGCCCUAGAAGCAGGGUACCGCCACUUCGACUCGGCGCGCGCUUACGAAAACGAAGCGGCCCUGGGACGUUCCUUGCGUCGGUGGAUCGGAGACAACCCUGCCAGGAGAAAGGAGCUGUUCGUUGUCACCAAGUUGCCUCCUGGAGGUAAUCGGCCCGAGCUAGUACCCGAAUACUUCAACGCAUCAUUAAGAGACCUGGGGCUGGAAUACCUGGACCUGUACCUGAUGCACACGCCGUUCGCGUUCGAACACGUACCGGGAGACCUGCACCCAAAGAACCCUGACGGCUCCAUAAAGGUGGACCUCACAACUGAUCUCAUCGCUGUUUGGAAGAGCUUGUUGAAACUGAAGGAGUCCGGCGCAGUUCGACACGUUGGAGUCUCCAAUCUGAACGCGGAGCAGCUCGCUAGGAUCUGUGCUGUGGAGAAACCGGCUUGCCUGCAGGUGGAAGUACACCUGCUGUGCCAGCAGCCGGCGCUGCUAGCCGCAGCCAAGAGGCUCGGCGUGCCCGUGGUCGCGUAUUCGCCGCUCGGCUCCAAGGGCCUCGCCGACAUGCUAGCUGAAAAGACUGGGCGCUCAUACCCCGACCUGCUGACGCUGGGGCCAGUGACCCGCGCGGCGGCGGCGCACGGGCGCACUCCCGCGCAGAUAUUGCUCCGUCACGCGCUGCAGCGCGGCAUCGCCGCCAUCCCGAAGAGCACCAACCCGCAGCGGAUCAAACAGAAUAUAUCGGUGUGGGACUUUGAGCUGAGCGCUGCAGAGAUGGCCGAACUGAACGCGUUGGACCGCGGGGAGGCGGGGCGCAUCUGCGACUUCAGCUUCUUUGCCGGCAUCGAAAAACAUCCCGAGUUCCCCUUCAAGAAGUAGCCUUACCGUUGUGAACCAUAAUACUAAGGUGAUAGGGUUACUUUUACUUCGACCUGAACACAUCGGAGAUGGCGAAACUUAAGAGGAAAGGGGAUGACUGCUUCUCCAUACAAACGUAGUCCUCAUUUUCCUCUCUGAAUAUUGACAUAAUGGAAAAUAUUUUUGCACAAUUUGAUGUAUAUUAACCAUAACUAUGUCCCUACCUUUGACUUUUUUCGAUAUAUUGAUUUUUGUAUAAAUUAGGAGCGAAAUUUUAAACAGAUUUCAUACAAAUUGUUAAUAGCUCCUACCUUUAAUAAUAAUAUAAAAACUUGAAAAAAAAAUAAACGUAGAGGCAUAGCUGUGGUUGAUAUACAACCAAUUGUGUCAAAAUAUUUUCAAUAAUGUUAAUAUCCAGAGGAAAAUGAGGACUAUUACGUUGGUAUAAAAAGGCGAUUUCCCGCGGGUCCUUCACUAUCGUAUUAACGCCGCGAGCAGGCGGAACGUAUUUGUUCCAAGUUCCUUGUUGGCUCCAAGAUCAUCUUCAGACCAUCGAGAAACACCUUAAAAUAUCACUUUACUACGAGCUGAGCGCUGAAGAGAUUGCCGAGUUUAUACGCUAGUCCGCAGCGUUAAGAAUUUCUCCAAGUUCCGCUUCAAAAAUUACCCUUGCCGUAAUAGCCCGUAAAUACUGACCAAUAAGGUUACCAUUCCCGAUUUCGCUAAUAUGCUAUACAUUCAGGGCUAUAACCGCGAAAAUCGAAGUUCGCAAAUUGCGAGCAUUUUUCUCUGUCACUCUAUAAUUACGCCUUCAUUGGUGUAAAAGAGAAAGAUCCCCACAAUUUGCGAAUUUCAGUUUUCGCGGUAGCCCCUCUGAUGCCAGACAAGAUGAACGAAUUUCGAGCAGCGUCAAGUAAUAAUUCGAGUUCUUCAAAAGCCUCAUGUGGUCUACAAAUUUAUUGUCGCGUUCUGUUUACUGAUAGCGAAGCGUCUAUGAGAACAAUCGCUUUCUUAUUCUCAUCCGCUGCUCUAUCGCUUGUAGACGCUAGACGCAAAUUGUAACGUUUAUAGACCGUCUUUUCAAUGAGUAAAGAGCGCAGGUCGAUUUUGACGCGUGAAAAAUUGUUUGUUAUACUUAAGUAGGUAUUUGAAUGUUGACUCUUAUUCAAACGUGAUAGAAAAAUUACCCAUUACCUAUAAGAAAUAGGAAAUUAUUGCCUGUUGAAUUAUAACAUAUUUAGUUUAUUAGGUACAAAACUACAAUGUUACCUACGAACAAAUAAAAAUAAUAAUACCUAAGGUAGAAAGAGGAGUAAAAAUAUUGUUGAAGACGCAUGUUUAUAGUUUAUAAAUAAUGUUUUUGACCCUAAUAAA